AUGAAACAACCAAAUGAACAGAUGAUUCCUGAUUAUUCCAUUAUGCUAACUCAGUUUGCGCAAAACCUUUCAGAUUUUAAAUAUGAGCUGUCUAUAAAGUCAACCAGUUUGCAAAUGUUAAAUCAAAUGUUAAAUCAGAGUUUAUUGCGUAAUGAAGAUCGUGACAUGAUUAUCACAGAAAUGCAACAAGCGGCGGAACACUUAAGAACAACAAUGAGUGAUUUUCAAAUCAAACUAGAAAAUAUCAAUACGUCAUUUGCAGAAAAUAUUUAUAUAUUACAGAAGGGAAUUGCACAACUAAAAGCACGCUUCUACAACGCAUCAACAGAAAUUUCGUAUGUGAAAGAACAGUGUGUCAGUCUGGAUAAGGAAAUGAAAGAGGAAGUGCAAAAGUUAAACGUAAUUUCUAAUGACCUCAGAUUAAAAGACUGGGAGCAUUCUAUUACAUUGCAGAAUUUAACGUUAAUUCAAGGCCCACCUGGACCACAAGGAGAAAGGGGUGAGAAAGGUGCAAAAGGAGACACUGGUGAGCAAGGACCCCAAGGACCAAGAGGUAUGUCUGGAUUAAAAGGACAAAAGGGAGCGACAGGGAUUCCAGGAACAAGAGGAUCUCCUGGAAUGGCUGGAUUAAAAGGACAAAAGGGUGAAAAAGGAGCAAGGACUUAAUUUGGACUGAAUAUGGAUGGAUGAUGUUCUGUACACUGGCAACGAGGAGUCAAUCAUCCAAUGCAGUCAUGACAAAGCUGUGGAUCUACUCCCUACAUCAUGGAAAGCUGAGGUCUUGUUGUCCCUGAAGAACUAAGUUAAUUCUUAGUUCUACAAUAUCUGUUACAUAGUAUGCUAGCUGACAUACAGUAAGUAACAGAUUAUUUGAAAAUAAAACCAGUAAUGUGGAAAAAA